AUGUCCGACACGGGGGAGGCGCCUGCGGAGGCAGGUCAGGAACCCGUGGAAGGAGGUGUUGAUCCGCCAAAUGACAAGGAGCGUAAGAAGCAUCACUCAAAAAAGAGCAAACAGACGAGAGCCGAAGGGUCUCCAGCUACUGACCAUACGAAACGGUCGAAAAAAAGUGCAAAGCAGGCGGAAAACGGGGAGCAAGGCUCCAAUCCUUCCAAAUCCGAAAACCAUCCGCAAAUCGAAACUUCAGAAAGGAAAAAAAAGAAAAAGAAAGCUGUAGUUGUUGCCACAGAAAAUGCAGAAAACAACGAAGACCCAGCAGACCAGUCGCAAACUGCCGCCAGCAGCACGACUCGCAAAUCCACUCUUCUCAUGUGUGACAACGCAGCUGCAGUUGCCUUGGGUAAUCUUUUGGCAAUUCAGCCAGUGACUACCUCGCCGUACGGAAUUUGCUUCACCGUUGUCCCCUAUACUCCAGCUGUUAUUGGUUCUCCACUGCAGCGAGGGGCCUCAACCAAGUCUGAGGGACAAGAGGAGACCGAUGAGGUUCAAUGGCUUGAAGAUAUCGAAGACGAGGAACUUGACCAAAUCCUAGCCAAGGCAAAAGUUUCCGAACAGCGAGUAGCGGAGCUGAAGAACGCGAUCUCCGAAACUGCAUCAAAUGCCCUUGACGGCUACUUCGAUGAGCUCACAAAACUAACUCAAGACAAAGCCUUCAUUGUUGGGACAGCAGACGAGGACAAAGUUAUUGCAGUUGAGCAAAAAGAAGCCCAGGAAAACAUAGAAUCUUGUGUGGCUCAACAGAAGGAGCUACAGCAGCAACAACAGCGACUGUUGCUGUAUGAGCAAGUCGUCCGCAAGAGGAUUUUAGAUGAGCUGGAGCGGAGGGAGGCAAAACUCAAAGUGCUUAAACGUCAGGCAGAGAAGCAGGACCUCAAAAGACAGGACCAUCUUGUCAAGUUGGUGCGGGAGUGUGAAUGCCGAAUGGAAGCUUUAAUGGGGCGUCGUAAAGCUCGCUUGUCUUCUGUUUACGGUCUCUUGAAAAAAGAAGGGGAGUACACCGCCGUUUCGAGGAAAACGGAAGACGUCAAGUCCAACGAAAGAAACAACUUUAUUCCUAUGGGAAAAUCGUACCGUGUCGAGUGGCUGCGGGCUCCUCAACCCCUGAAGAUGCAGAUAGAUCUCUGCCGUGCCCUCAAGGACAAAGUUCCAGAUGGAAGAUACGUCAUUUCUGUCUCCAUAUGGACGCGCAUCGGAGGCACGCGUCUCCGGUGGAACGGGUUACCAUCUAUCGAAGAAAAGCUUUUGCAGGACGCGGCCUCGAGGAAACAAAGUAAAGUGUCCCUCACAGCGGUAUCCGUUCCUGACAAAGAAUAUGCAGAAAAUGAAGGCUUUGCGGGAGCAGCCGUCACGCAGCCUGUGGAGUUCAGAGCAAGCUUCAGAAGCGAAUGCCUGAGAUUCGAUCAGACUCUUGAGCUGGCCUGCCCCUCGGAGACAGACGUGGAGCCUGAUAUGUGCUUAGUAUUCGAGCUGUUUCUGCUUCGAGGCCAGCAAUCUCCAAUUGAUAAGGCAAAACGACUAAUGCCAAAUGCCCCGAACUGA